ACAACCGGCACAGCCGGUCACUCCUGCACACUCCACACUGUCUACUUCCCGCGAAGUAGAUACAAUCCCAGCGACGAAAAACCAAGCCCACUCGGCCGGCGGUACUGUACAGAUUCGCAGAGCUUUUUCGGAGCUUCGAUUUCUAGGUUUCUUCUAUGAUGGUUCUUUGAAUUUCAUCGAGGUUAUUUUUCAUCAUCUGUUAGGGAUGCCUCUGGAGACCUACAUGGAUUUGAAUGGCCAAUUGCCAUUGCUAGUGGCACCAACUCACAGGACUGGAAGUUUAUUUGAGUCCUUAGGCUCUAGUAUAUCACUCCAAAAUGAUGGCCUGUCAGCAUCCCACUUGGAUGUGUCAUCUGGAAACUUGUCAGCUUCUGUGGCUAGAAUGUCACACCUGAAUGCGAAUUCAGGACCAAGUGUUGGAUCAAGCUCAGUAGUAACGGAUGCCGACUCACCACUAGCAGGAACUGCUCAUUUGAAGAGAAGAGGCAGUGCCAGUAUGGACUCUUUCCUUAACUUACCCUCGUCACCUUUGUCAUUCUCGUCCAAUUUCACAGCUUCAGUGAUUGAUGCUUCCUCCAUAGCACAGACAACAUCCUCCCAAAAAGACCAAAACAGCCAACAAGGACAGAAAAGACUGCUACCACAGCAUCUGGUGAGUGGUACUACCACAUCCCAGACAUCACAAACUCAUCGAGUUUCACUUCCUACUGGAAAAAAACAAGAGCCUGCUAUAACUCAAAUGUAUAAGAAACCCAGGUUAGAUAUGAACCCGGAGAAUAUUAUGAACCAGCAGGUUAUUCAACAACCAUGGCAGAAACAGGAUCCUAUGCAGUUACAAGAUCAUAAUCAGCAGCUGCAGGCAUUUAUGCUGCAACAAAAACUACGAAAUCAGCAGCAGCGACAGGUUUUGCAGUCAAUUCCGCAGUUUCUAGGGGUUCCUGCACAGCAGCAGCUAAUGAGGCAUCAUUUGCAACAGCAGGCCAAUCAUCAAGUUUCUCCGAUCCACCCCCAUGAUGCUGGUAUCUGUUCUCGACGGUUGAUGCAGUAUAUAUACCAUCUGCGGCAUCGACCAUCUGACAAUAGCAUUGCCUAUUGGAGGAAAUUUGUGUCAGAGUAUUAUGCUCCUGGUGCUAAGAAAAGGUGGUGUCUGUCUUUAUAUGAUAGUAUAGGAGAACAUGCCCUCGGGGUUUUCUCUCAGGCAGCUAUGGAGACAUGGCACUGUGACAUCUGUGGUUGCAAGUCAGGGAAGGGAUUUGAGGCAAUUUUUGAAAUACUUCCUAGGCUUAGUAAAAUAAAAUUUGAAAGUGGGGUUAUCGAUGAACUUCUAUUCCUAGAUUUUCCAAAAGAAUGUAGAAUCCCUUCUGGAUUAAUGAUGUUAAGCUAUGAAAAGGCAGUCCAAGAAAGUGUCUAUGAGCAAUUUCGUGUUGUACGUGAGGGUCAACUUCGUAUAAUUUUCAGCCCUGACUUGAAGAUACUGUCUUGGGAAUUCUGUGCACGAAGUCACGACGAACUUAUACCUCGUAGAUUGGUUGCACCGCAGGUGAAUCAGUUGGUUCAGGCUGCAAAAAACUAUCAAAAUUCCAUUAAAGAUGGUGGAUCAGAUGGAGUUUCACCACAAGAUUUACAAUUAAACUGCAAUAUGUUUUUAACAGCAGGCCGUCAGCUCACAGGGAAUUUGGAGUUAUUAUUGGUAAAUGAUUUGGGAUUUUCCAAGAGACAUGUCAGGUGCUUGCAGAUAGCUGAAGUUGUCAAUAGCAUGACAGACUUGAUGACUUUUGGUUGUGACAACGACAUUGGACCAAUGGAGAGCUUGAGGAAAUAUCCUCAGAAAGAAACCACAACCGAUAACCAGACAAAGCAAAUGCAUGAAAUCGAGUGGCUAGCAACCACCGAGGGUCUGCUGACUGACAAGAAUAAAUCGAUAGUGGUGUGUCCCAGUCUGAGCACCGACAUGAAUGAGAACUCUUGCAUGCCUAAAGACAGAAUUGCAACUGGCUUAGAGAAGGCGACACUGGCAGGAAUGAACUCUUACCAGAAAUUGAUGAAGCUGAAUUCUAAUUUGAGCACCGUAAAGCGAGAGCCACUUUGUUCAAUCGACUGUUCUAGCCAGAGUGCAAUCUCUUCACCAUUUCUACGCCCUCAAUCCUCACCAAUCAGCGACUUGCCGACUUCCCAGAACUCUGAAGUCAGUGAACAGCGCAUGAUUCAUAAAUUACUGCAGGAGAUGGUGUCGAACAGCAGAGCGAAAGAUGUGCAGCAUGCAAAUAGGAAAGUCAAGGAAGAAGUCCUUCAAGAGUUCAAUCAAAGUGCCAUAAGCAAAUUCUCAUCAAGAUCUAGGGGCACGAGUAGCAGCGGUGCUGCAGCAGCAGCAGCAAAUGUGUUGUCAGGCGGUGUUCUAGCCCGGAGAGACAGCUCUAAAGGUACCUGUAGCAGCAACUCUUCCAGUAUAUUAUAUGGCAACAACACUUUUGCCAGGAGAGAACCGGAUAUUCCUGAGAAGUUUUGUUUGCCUGAAGCAGUUCAGGAGAUGGAUCUCGAGUUCUUUAGAAAUGGAGUUUUAAACGAUGACUGGAACGAAAUGGGCUGGAAAGCAUAACUCAUUUGGUUUGAUUUUCGGGGUCUUUUGGGGAAUAUUAGGAGAUGUAAUCCAUCCUAUGGUUUGUACAGUAGCUUGAUGCAAUCUUUAUGUUAGUCAUCGGGAUCAUGUGGAAGGUGAUGCCAAACCAAGUAUACUUACAGAGCUGGAGCGUAUCAUCAGAAGUAAUCGAUUAUCGCAGUUUACAAAGUUUAGCUAUAUAUAUCUAGUAUAUAUACAUAAAUACAGUAUGGUUUCUAAAAUGUAGCCACCUUUUUUGAAUUUUUCCCUGCAUUUGAAAGUAUAAUCAGAUUCUCUCCUUUGUGAGUCCCGCUGUAUAAGCUCAAAAAAAAAAAAAAAAAAAAAAAAAAAAAGGUGCUGGUGCAGCGUGUUCUGAGAGAUACAUAUUGUGAAACCCGCAGAUCAGUGCACCUGUGUUGUACAAGAAAGAUCUUCAGUACUUUUUCCAUCAAGCUAUCAUUUGGUUUUGUUUUAA